AAAAAGCUUAGAUUCGUCUUUCUGGCGGAACCACCGGCCGUUUCAUAAGUUGAAGAUUAAAGAGGGUGGGGUGGGGCUGGGCCCCGCCCUCAUCUAAGCCCCGCCCCAGCCUCACUGUCUCCGCCCCGAGCCUUACCCUGUCCCCGCCCCAAACCCCGCGGACAUACCCUGGCUCCCUCGGAACUAUGACGGUGGUGACCUCGGCCCUGCGGGCGCUGCUAUUGUUGCGGUUGCUCUUGGCGGGCAGCGGGGGCGGCGGAGCAGGUGUUAAUUUUCGUUUUGCUUCCUAUAUUGGUGAUCACAUGGUGUUACAGAAAGAACCAGUUGGAGCUGUGGUCUGGGGUUAUGGAAAAAUUGGAGGCAUUGUGAUGGUGACUCUGCACCAAGCUCAGGAAACCAUCAUGAAAAAGAUAACCUAUGUGAAAGAACAGUCUGGGACCUGGAUCGUGGUAUUGGAUCCUAUGAAGCCUGGUGGACCUUAUAACAUGACGGCAGAGCAAAUCAUUAAGAAGGAGAGAUACAGCCAGACAAUAUAUGAUGUCUUAUUUGGAGAUGUUUGGCUAUGCAGCGGGCAAAGUAACAUGGAGAUGUCAGUUUCUCAGAUUUUUAAUGCUUCCGAGGAGGAGGCGAAGGCCUUUUCCUAUCCGUUUAUCCGCAUCUUUACAGUUGGUCUUGUCAAGGCAAAGGAGGAGCUAGAGGAUCUUACUUCAAUUGAUUUGCCAUGGUCUCUGCCUAGCCCUGAAAACCUGGGUCAUGGGAAUUUUACUUAUUACUCAGCAGUAUGCUGGCUGUUUGGGCGCUAUCUGUCUGAUAUCCUGAAGUAUCCUAUUGGGCUGGUCUCCUCCAGUUGGGGUGGAACACCUAUAGAAGCUUGGUCAUCUUGGCGGUCACUGCAAGCCUGUGGAAUCUCAAACAAAGCGAAACAGUUUCCUUUCCUCAGUCUAUAUUCUGGCCCCACUGACCAUUCUAUACUUUGGAAUUCAAUGAUUCAUCCACUACUCAACAUGACAUUAAAAGGAGUGAUAUGGUACCAGGGAGAGAAUAAUGCAUACUAUAACAAUGAUCUGUACAAUUGCACCUUUCCUGCUUUCAUUGAAGACUGGCGCCAGGCUUUUCAUUAUGGCUCUCAAGGACAGACACAGCGGCUUUUCCCUUUUGGGUUUGUGCAAUUAUCUACAACUAUGUCUAAAGAUGAGGAUUAUGCAUUCCCUAGAAUUCGUUGGCACCAAACAGCUGAUCUUGGCUAUGUUCCCAAUGUGAAGAUGCCCAAUACCUUCAUGGCUGUGGCAAUGGACCUCUGUGACAGAGAUUCUCCUUUUGGAAGCAUUCAUCCUAGAGAUAAACAGACUGUGGCCUACAGACUGCAUUUGGGAGCCCGUGCCAUAGCUUAUGGAGAGAUGCUUCCUUUUCAGGGACCACUGCCUGAAAAGAUAGAACUCUUAGCUGACAAAGAGCUUCUCAAAAUUGAAUACCACCAGAAAAUCCAGGUGCAGAAGGAGGAUGACAAGAUUUAUGAGAUCUCAUGCUGCAAUGACCAUCAGUGUAAGUGGAUUCCAGCCCCAAUGGGCAACUCCUCUUCCCAAACUCUAUCCCUUAAAGUUGAUUCCUGUCAUGGCACUGUGACUGCUCUCCGCUAUGCCUGGAGUACAUGGCCAUGUGAAUACAAACAGUGCCCCAUUUAUAAUCCUAGCAGUGCCUUACCAGCCCCACCAUUCAUCACAGUCAUUCCAAGUUAAGAUUCCUGGUUAUGAAAAUUUUGAGAAGGAAUGAGAAAAAAAAAAAAAA